AAUAUAAAGUGACAACUAAAGCACUCUGUGUUGUUAGUCUGCAUAGUGUGAAUGCCUAACCUAUAAAAAUUCGAGUGUUUGCGGCAUGUGUUCAGUCCCGAUUUGUUGUUAAAAGUGUGAAAUGCGUAAAGAUGACGUCCAAGGAACGAAAAUUAAAACAUUCUGUUUAUUCCACGGCUCGGAAAAUGUCACGAGAAGUGGGAACUAAUCUCAACAUGGAGUUUGAACCCGACGUCCUCGACUUGAUCGCAGAACUGACAUGGAAAAAGCUCACCCUCUACGCUUCUGAUUUAGAAGCUUUCCAGAAACACGCUAAGCGCUCAACCGUAACUAGCGACGACGUGAAAUUAUUAGUUCGUCGGAACGAGUCUCUGAAGGAGUUAAUGGAGUCAAAGUUGCAGAGUAUUCAAGACAAUAAAGGAACAUCGGAGCCCGCCUCCAAGAAGAAAAGAAAGGCGUCGAGCGUUUCAUAAAUGAAUUUAUUACGCAAGAAAUCGGAUUUUUGAUGGUUUUGUUGAUAAAUAUCAAGUCCAUUAGUAACUGAAUACAAUAUUCGUAUAA